AUAAAGUCUGGGGUUAAACUCGCUGCCUUCUCUCUAGUGAGCGGGGCGAGCUGCGUCAGCGGUGGGAAAGGCGCAGCGGAGUCUGCGAAUUGCUGUUCUCUAGAAUGCUUUCUUGAUUUCUGCAGUUUGGAUGCUAAAUCUACGAGUAUCCAGGUGGUAGUUAAAGAAGGGGGUCUGAAGCUCAUCCAGGUCCAAGAUAACGGCUGUGGUAUCAGAAAAGAAGAUCUGGACAUUGUAUGUGAGAGAUUCACUACAAGUAAACUGGAAAAAUUUGAAGACUUGGCUAGUAUUUCUACGUAUGGUUUUAGGGGUGAGGCGUUGGCUAGCAUCAGUCAUGUUGCCCAUGUUACAGUAACAACUAAAACAGCUGAUGCAAAGUGUGCAUACAGAGCUACUUACAGUGACGGAAAAAUUAAAGCCCCUCCGAAACCCUGUGCUGGAAACCAAGGAACGCAGAUCACAGUUGAAGAUCUCUUUUACAAUGUAAAUACACGGAGGAAAGCUUUAAAAAAUCCAAAUGAAGAAUAUGCAAAAAUACUAGAAGUUGUUAGCAGGUAUGCCAUCCAUAACUCUGGCAUCAGCUUUUCAGUUAAAAAGCAAGGGGAUACCGUGUCAGAUGUUAGAACCUUAUCGAAUGCCUCAACAGUGGACAACAUUAGGUCCAUCUUUGGAAAUGCUGUUAGCAGGGAACUAAUAGAAGUGGGUUGUGAAGAUGCAAGUCUGGCCUUUAAAAUGAAAGGCUACAUCACGAAUGCAAACUACUCUGUGAAGAAAUGUAUAUUUUUACUCUUCAUAAACCAUCGAUUGGUAGAGUCAGCCGCUUUGCGGAAAGCCAUAGAAACUGUGUAUGCUGCUUAUUUGCCAAAAAGUACACAUCCAUUCCUAUAUUUAAGCCUGGAAAUAACUCCUCAGAACGUAGACGUGAAUGUGCACCCUACAAAACAUGAGGUCCAUUUCCUUCAUGAAGACAGUAUUCUAGAGCGUGUGCAACAACAUGUAGAGAGCAAGUUAUUGGGCUCGAAUUCUUCAAGGAUGUACUUCACUCAGACAUUGCUUCCAGGGGCCGAUUGUUCUUCCAGUGAGGUUGUAAAAUCAGCCGCAAACUCUUCUGUGGUUACCAAAGGAACCAGUGAUAAAGUUUACGCACAUCAGAUGGUCCGCACUGAUUCCCGAGAGCAGAAAUUGGAUGCUUUUCUUCAGCCGGUGAACAACCCCCUAAGUACAGCCCCCGCUGCAGUGACGACAGAGGUUAAUGCAGGACCUGCAGAGGCUGUGGUCAGGCCGCAGGAUGCUGAAAUGGAAGAUGUCAGUGACCUAGUGGAAAUGGCUGAUGUUGAGGAGGACACAGUGAUGCCUGGGGGGCUGAGUGAGAGUGGACGCUUGUCUCCAGAGACGGUGCCUCCUCGCAAGAGACCACGGGAAGACGUGGACAUAGAAAUGGAGAAGGAUGACACCAGAAAGGACAUGACUGCUGCCUGCACCCCUCGAAGAAGAAUUAUCAACUUGACCAGUGUAUUGACUCUCCAGGAGGAAAUUAGUACCCAGGCACAUGCAA